CGCACACACUUUCUCUUUUCCGCUCGACGGGGACGCGCAGUGCCGCCUCGCUCAAGUGAAGCGCAGUUGCGACUAUUUGGCAGGUAGAAGCUCUGACACACAGUUCCUCUCUCUCUCUCUCCGUCGGCGGUGAUCCGGAUCCCCUCGCAGGGAAGACAGGAGGAAAGAAAAUGAGUGGAUGUGGAGAGAAGACGAAGACGCGCAGCUCCACAGAGUGGAUCUGUUUCAAGGUCUGAGGAUUGUCGGGUCUGUGUGAGAGGAGAGACCCCCCCCCCCAAUCCUCCCAUCCCUCCUCAUCUCUCUCUCUCCUCCGCCUCAGUCGUGUGGGAAGCUCCGUGGACGCGGCUGCAGAAGGAGCUCGUCUAUGAAGGAGGGGGAUGAGGCUCGUUUUCCUCUCCUUCCCUCUCCCUUUCAGCAAGGCUCGCUUUUCUUCAAUUCUCACAUUUCCUUUUUUUGCCUUUCCUUGUGGUUUUGGACUCCUGUCUUUGGCGGGUGGGGUGAUGGAUGGAUGGCAGCAGCAGAGCUUGCACACUUUCCGCGGACGACUGAAGGCUCAAUAACUGCAUUAUUCAUAUUUACGCACCGGUUUCCGAUGUCCUGGCUCACCUUUCUUCUGUUUACCUACCUGUUUCUAAUUUUUUCCUUCCUUUUCUGAUAUAAAAGGGAAUUUCAGUAUUACCAUGGACCUUUUUUUAAUCAUUUUUCGAAAUCUAAAAGAGAAUAAUCGCUCCUCUGUAAAAAUGGACUAAUAAUGGAAUAGAAAAUAUCAGUUUUCCACCUCAACCGAGCUGGAUUUACGUUUCCAGGAUGGGGAAUGCGAUCUGACUGGAGCUUUUGCCCUCUGAAGCGUCGUCCAGGUGCGCAACUUCAUCUGAAACAAACCAGUUUAAAUUCCUCACACAUUCCCCUCAGUUCUUAAAGAAAAAAACCCUCCAAGAAUGACAGACUUGUUUCGCCGCAUCGUUCCCCCCCUUGCGCACAUUUUCGUGCUUGGGAAUCACCGUAUGCGCUGCCAACAUCUCUGAAAAAGCCGUCUGCCUCACCCUUCCCUCGCGCUCUCUCUGCGUCCCCCCCCCCCACCUCUCAUUUUUAUCGCCUCUGCAGCCUGAUGAAGGUUCUCUCAUGGAGUUAGUCCGACCACCUUGGGGGCCAGACGAGGAAAGGGGUGUUUUUUCCGAACAGAAGGAGCCCGUCAGCAAGAGACGCAUCGGAUGAAAUCGGACCCCCCUAUCCCCACCCCUCCUCCUUCGUUUCUCCUUCUCCACCGUCACCCCCCACUCCCUCACCCCUAUCUCUCUGACUCGUGUUGAUCCACGGCGGCCCGCAUGGGGAGGACAGGGGGGACCUUGUUGCGCCCCUGAAGCGGAGGAUCAUUUGCGCACGUCUCCAUCCAUGUCUCACCGCCUCGGCCCUGUGUCUCCGGGGGGAGCCGCGUCCAUCACCCCCGCAGCUUCUAGCAAUUAAAUGGUUUUCUGGGGGAGGAUUUCUAACCGGCGAGAUGCUGCUCGUACUCCUGCUGGCGGCCUUUUUUUCUUCCAUCUUCGUCUCCACCUCCUCCUCCUCCUCCCAGUCCUCCAUGUCGGACGGACCCCCCAUGGCAGACCCAUCCCCCUCGGACCUGAUGGCCGAGACGUGUGUCGCCUGUUCCUGCAUGUCAGUGGAGAAUGUGCUGUACGUCAACUGCGAGAAGAUCGCCGUCUACCGGCCCACGCAGCUAGUCCCUCCGGUGUCAUCCUUGUACCACCUGAACUUCCAGAACAAUUUCCUCAUCAUACUCUAUCCAAACUCGUUCCAAAACUUCACCCAUGCUGUGUCCCUGCAUCUGGGGAAUAAUAAACUGCAGAACAUCGAAGGUGGAGCAUUUAUUGGGAUGAGUGCUUUGAAACAGCUGCACCUGAACAAUAACGAGUUAAAGGUGCUGAGAGCAGACACUUUCCAAGGCAUUGAAAACUUGGAAUACCUUCAGGCUGACUAUAACCUGAUAAAAUACAUCGAAAAGGGAUCAUUUAACAAACUGCACAAACUAAAAGUGCUGAUCCUGAAUGAUAAUCUCAUUCAGGCACUUCCUGACAACAUAUUUCGAUUUGCCUCACUGACACACUUGGAUAUUAGAGGGAACAGAAUCCAGAAGCUUCCUUAUUUGGGAGUGUUGGAGCACAUUGGACGUAUUGUAGAACUGCAGCUGGAUGACAACCCCUGGAAUUGUACUUGUGAUUUGGCCUCUCUCAAAGCAUGGCUUGAAAAUAUGCCCUAUAAUAUUUUUAUUGGUGAGGCCAUUUGUGAAACUCCAAGUGACUUGUAUGGGAGGCUCCUGAAAGAAACCAACAAACAGGAGCUUUGCCCUAUGGGAACAGGAAGUGAAUUUGAUGUCAGGAUGCUACCACCAGAUAAUGGGCAAUCGCCGUCCAAAAUGUCCCCGACCACUGUGGCUUCCAUUGCCACAAAAGCACCAAAAGCCACCGACUCGUCCAAGAUUUAUGGAAAUGGCAUUGUGGCCGGUUUGCCCCCUUUUGGAAGAAACAGCCAGAUUGUUUCCUUCCAGACUCGGACGCCGCCACUGUCGUGUCCACAGCCCUGCAGCUGUAAAGCCCACCCUUCAGACUUUGGCAUUAGUGUAAGCUGUCAGGAGAGGAACAUUAAAAAUCUCGCUCAGCUCAUUCCUAGACCCCCAAAUGCCAAGAAGCUUCACCUAAGCGGGAAUUACAUCCGUGAAAUCAGUCCAACUGAUUUCCAGGGGUUUGAAGGGUUAGAUUUGCUUCAUCUAGGCAGCAAUCAAAUUGCAGGAGUGCAGAAAAGUGUGUUUGCUAACCUCACUAAUCUGAGAAGACUGUAUUUGAAUGGAAACCAGCUAGAGCAGUUACACCCUGAGAUGUUUCUGGGCCUCACAAACCUCCAGUACCUAUAUUUGGAAUACAAUGCCAUAAAAGAAAUCUUAGCGGGUACAUUUGACUCCAUGCCGAACCUCCAACUCCUAUACCUGAACAACAAUGUUCUACGGAGCCUCCCUGCCUACAUCUUUGCUGGUGUCCCUUUAGCCAGACUCAAUCUGAAGAACAACCACUUCAUGACCCUGCCUGUGAGUGGUGUGUUGGACCAGCUGCGGUCCCUGACACAGAUAGACCUGGAGGGGAACCCCUGGGACUGUGCCUGUGAUGUGGUUGCCCUCAAACUCUGGCUGCAGAAGCUGAGUGAUGGAGUGGCUGCCAAAGAGGUGAAAUGUGCCUCUCCUGCACAGUUCUCCAACAUUGAGUUACGCCUCAUAAAAAACGUGGUCCUCUGUCCAAGGCUUGCAAGGCCACUUGUGACUAGCGCUACGCCACUUUUGACCUCGGAGUCUCCCGCGGGAGUUGGCAAAGCCCCUCCAGGUGGGCCUGUACCUCUCUCAAUUAUGAUCCUCAGCAUCCUUGUGGUGCUUAUCCUUACUGUGUUUGUGGCCUUCUGCGUUCUCGUUAUUGUCCUGAGGAGAAAUAAAAAACCUGUGGGGCGGCAGGAGGGGCUGGGCAAUCAGGAGUGUGGUUCCAUGUCGUUGCAGCUCCGCCGCCACAGCCACAAAUCCGGCAAGAAAGGCUCCAUACCGGGAGAUGACCUGGGUGCCGAAUCAUUCAUCCCCCAGACUAUCGAGCACAUCGGCAAGAGCCACACCUGUGGGAUUGGACGCUCUUCAGACAUGGAUGCCGGCUUCAAGUUUGCAGACUCACAGAGGCAGAAGAUCAUCUUCCGAAACUGCUCUGACAAGGACAAAGACCCACUGUCCACCCUGGAGUAUAACAAACGCCUCAGCACCAUAGACGAGCUCGAGGAGUUUCUCCCCCACCGAGAGCCCAGCAUGUUCCUCCACAACUUUAUGGACACCAAAAGGGAUUUCAACAGUAUAGGGAUGGGUGGGUAUGAAAUCCGCUACCCAGAGAAAACAAUGGAUAAAAAGAUGAAGAAAUCACUGAUAGGUGGGAACCACAGUAAGAUUGUGGUGGAACAGAGGAAAAGUGAGUAUUACGAGUUGAAAGCCAAGCUCCAAGGAACACCUGAUUACCUUCAGGUGCUGGAAGAGCAGACUGCGCUCAGUAAAAUGUAAGAAUUGUUCUGUUGAGUUUUCUGCAUUGAUUUCACAUUCACAUGAGGACAGACAUACAGCUCAACACAUCUGUGGCCGUUUUCUAAACCAUAACUACUAGUAUGUACUGGCGUACAUAGUUUACUACGUUGUAACCGUAUGCAGUAUGCAGUUUCGAAAACGGCCCCUCUCUCGCUUGUUCUUUGUCCUCCUCACAAAACACAGCAUUCAGCGUCCACGAUUGCCCGUCCUCUGACUUCAACUCUCUCUACGCAAUCACACACACACACACACACACACACACACAAGCCAAAAAAGUGCCUUCUGGAAAUCCUUUAUGACCAAUGCAGAUA